AUGAGAACUUCGGCGGUGGCACUCAGCAAGAGAACCAUCAAGUACGGAGGUAAGUCGGGUAUCUUGCCUGAAGUGCGUCCAAUCUUCAAAAACAGCCCCAUCAGAGCCAAAACGGAGCAUGAGAAGCAAGAAGAGAAACACAUUGAACAGGGUUACGCUGACGGUAUUCCUCUCCCUUCCAAGAAAGGGUUCACAUUUCACCGCCAACCAGUUGAGAAGCCUGUGAUUACCGUGGAAGAGAGAAUAGAAAAACAAAUUGCCAGAAAGCCAAAGGCAGACAAGUCCACCUUGAGUGGAGACGAAUUGUGGGCCGUUCAGAGAGACGAAAUCAGAAGACAACAUUUGAAGGACGCCUACUUAACAGAGGAGAAGAGACUUCGUCGCAUUGAUGAGUUGAAAGCCAAGGCAUUGGAGUCUGAUCACAAGCAUCAGGAUGAGCUGGAACACUUCCAGGAAUCCGAGGCAACCAAGUUGACAUUGCCAACGCUUGAUUCGUACUUGAAAGGCCCAAUCAUGAGACCCAGAACCAAUGAGGAGCAGGCCCUCUUAGAAGAGAAACGUUUGUUGAACAGAAAGUCUCGUGAGUUGGGGCAGUUGGAAAACAGGGCAACUGAGCUCUUGGAGUUGUACCAUGCAGCAGGUAAGUUUAUCACCACUGAGGAGGAGUUGGAGGUGGCCAUUCGUGAUGCCUUUGAGGUUAAGGUUGGCCGUUUCGAGUCGUCGGAGAGGUUGAUCGAGGACAAGCUCUUUGGGUUCCACAACACUUUUGCCAAUACCAAGUCUACGGAGAGAUUGGUCAAGGAUGUAGCAUUUGGAGAGAUUGACGGCCAGCCUGGUCUUGAUACCGUUAAAGACACUUUGAGUGGAGAGGCUGAGAAGGUGAGAAGAGCAGCCCAGACCAAGCUCAACCACUCGUAA